CGCAAGUAGCAACCCGCAUCACGAGUUCACCCACGCUCCCCGCACAGGCACAGCUCACUAGCGACCAGGGAGUUCAAACAAGAGGCAACGAGAACGAACGCCACCACCGCGCUCCGGUCGCUUUGCUUGGUUCGGGCCACUGCACCGCCAUUGUUGAUCUGUUCUCCUUCUCCUUGGAGGAGAAAGAAGAGGGGAGAGGAAUGAUGGGGCGGACGAGCGUGGCGGCGGCGGCGGCGGCCCUGCUGGUGCUGGCGGCGUGCGCGGCUCUGCCGGCGAGGACGGCGGCGAACAAGAUCAGCAUCAACUGGAAGCCCAACGUGAACUACACCGACUGGCUGAAGCAGCACAGCCCCUUCUACAAGGACGACUGGCUGGUGUUCUACUACACGGCGGGGCAGGCGGACGUGGUGCAGGUGGACGAGGUGGGCUACAACAAGUGCGACUCCACCAACGCCAUCUACAACUACAGCAAGGGGCGCAGCUUCGCCUUCCAGCUCAACGAGACCAAGACCUACUACUUCAUCUGCAGCUACGGCUACUGCUUCGGCGGGAUGCGCCUCGCCAUCAAGGCCGAGAAGUUGCCGCCGCCGUCGCCGCCGCCGUCCGCCAGCGACCGCUCCGCCGCCGCCAUCGCCGCCUUCGCCAGGUCCCACGCGCCCGUCAUCUACGCCGCCGUCGCCGUGCUCGCCGCGCUGCUCAGGAUGGUCUAGCUGGGAAGAAUCUACCCGCCGGCCCCUUUGUUGGUUCGAAUUGGGACUCCUUUUUUUUUUUGUUCGUUCAUCCUCUCCAUCUUUUCCGUAGUGUGCUUGGGCUCUCGAGAGGAGCAGUAGCUGGUGCUGGAGUGCUGCGUUGGGUUCAUUAAUUAAUUAGCGGUGUGGAUUUGCCGAAGCGAUUGAUUGAGCUGAGAUUGAUUUUUCAAGUGUGAAGAACUCUAGCUGCCUUGCUGAAUUAAAGUAACUCCAGCCUUUUCGUCUA